ACUCAUAAACGGUCUAAAUCUUCUCUUUUAUAUAAUCUGCAGCAGGCAGCCUUAAGGCCGAGGCAUCCACGUUUCUGGAGGACCAUGUCAUUCUCUGGAGUAUCCUUCGUUGGAAACAGCUAUCUGCCGCCAUCAUCUGCCCCUCCCACACACGUCUAUUCCGGCGGCUACCAUCUGCUCGUGGUCAAUGGCUACUCGCGCACAAAGCAGGACACCCCCAACGGCAGCUGCCUACGGUCAAACCCGUUCAAGAUCGGAGGCCAUCGUUGGACCAUCGAGUGCUACCCUAACGGCUACGAACAGGAGAACAGCGACUACAUAUCCUUUUAUCUCGUUCUUGACGAUUUCAACGUCGUCGAGCCUGUCGUGGCGCAGUAUGCGUUUAGCUUCUUUGGCCAGGUUCAGCCGUCAGAGUCAUCGUUGUUGCUCGCCGCCGGUGCAAGGGGACCGUACCGUUUCUCUAGCACGGACGCAUUCAGCUUCCCCUAUUUGAUGAAUAGACAGCAGUUCGAGAAAUCGAAGCAUCUCAGGGACGACAGUUUCACUAUCAGGUGUGACGUGGCCAUCGUCAAGAAUGUCAACAUCGGGGAAGCGGCCGCCGCCAGGCGGUUCGUUACCGUGCCUCCUCCUUCCAUUCUGCACCACCUCGGCAAUCUCCUCCUGUCGCAGGUGGGCGCCGACGUGACAUUUCAGGUCGGCGGCGAGAAGUUCAUGGCGCACCGGUGCGUGUUUGCCGCCCGCUCCGCUGUCUUCAGGGCCGAGCUCUUUGGCUCCAUGAAGGAGGGGGCGGCAGACACCGUGGUGCACAUCCAUGACAUGGACGCCAAGGUAUUCAGGCUGUUGCUCGGUUUCAUGUACACCGAUCAUGUGCCGGACAUUGAAGAGGAGGAGGAAGAAGAAGAAGAGUAUAUGUGGCAGGACCUGCUUGUGGCUGCAGAUAGAUAUGACAUCCCGAGGCUUCGACUGAUCUGUGAGUACAUGAUGUGCUCAUACAUCGACACGGAUACGGUGGCAGAUAUGCUUGAGCUUGCUGACAAGCACCGGUGCAAUGGACUGAAGGAUGCAUGCUUGGAUUUCCUCAACUCUCCGCCAAAUCUGCAGCAAGUAAUGGCGGCUGGCGACCUAGAUGAUCUCGCUAUCAGCUGUCCUGCUGUCCUUAUAGAACUUAUCGCCAAGCUUACGUCGUCUCUUAAGCUUGAUAAAUGAUAAUAUGGUUGUAGGUUUUAGUUUAUGAAAAAAAAUCAUUUUUUAUUUUACAUUGAGAGAUCAUUGGAUUAC